UGUGUUUUCUCCGAUAGAAGAAGAAGAUCUGGGGUUUUCAAGUUUCAACCAAGGAUGGCAUUCUCUCUAAAAUCAUUAAAGUAAGCUAUGGCUUUUGCUUUGGGGCAUAAUCUUUUACGGAUACCUUUAUCUCUCUUCUUCUUCUCGUCUCUCUCUUUCUGCUCCGCUCUAUUUUCUUUCAACUACCGGAAAGAUACUCUUGAAGAAUAGAAAUUAAAUUGGGGUGGAGGGGUUUUAUCGACAAUUAACUACACUAUUGCAGUUGUUAAUGACUGAGAUAUGAUUUAUUUAACCAAGUUUAACAAUCCAAGGAGGAAAAUUAAUUAAAAUGCCAAAAGAGUAAUGAAAUAAAUAUAAUUAACAUCCAAGCAAACUAAGGAGAUUCUGAAAAAUGAAGGCCAUAGUGAUCACAAGACCACCACCUUCUUCUUCUUCAACGUGCUUUCUUCACAGUACCAACUCCACUCUCUCUUUCAAAUUUCUCUCAAAUUCAAGCAAUUUGGACAAUAAGAGAAAUUUGGCCAAGUCUUUGCAUUCUGCAACUAUGGAAAGUGGUUCCGUCUUGAAGGCUGAGGAAGCUAGGGUUCCUGCAGCACUUCCUUUGCCUACUUCACCUGUAACCAAGUUCAAGAUUGCUCUUUGCCAAUUAUCUGUAACUACCUACAAGGAGAGAAACAUUGCUCAUGCUCAGCAGUCAAUAGAAGAUGCUGCAGACAAGGGUGCUCAGCUUAUUCUUCUCCCUGAAAUAUGGAAUGGUCCAUAUUCCAACGACAGUUUUCCAGUAUAUGCAGAGGACAUUGAUGCUGGUGGAGAUGCGUCUCCUUCAACUAGGAUGUUAUCUGAAGUUUCUCGGAGUCGAAAAGUUACAAUUAUUGGUGGCUCUAUACCUGAACGCAGUGAUGAUAAAUUAUAUAACAGUUGUUGUGUCUUUGGCACAGAUGGAAAGCUUUUAGCCAAGCAUAGGAAGAUACAUCUCUUUGACAUUGACAUUCCAGGGAAGAUGACUUUCAAAGAAUCAAGGACCCUAACAGCUGGAGCGAGACCUACUAUUGUAGACACAGAGGUUGGCCGUAUUGGUAUUGGUAUAUGCUAUGACAUUCGCUUCCAAGAACUAGCGGCUAUCUAUGCUGCAAGAGGUGCUCAUCUGCUUUGUUAUCCUGGCGCCUUUAACAUGACCACUGGACCACUGCAUUGGGAGUUGUUGCAACGGGCAAGGGCUGCAGAUUGCCAGUUGUAUGUAGCAACGUGUUCGCCCGCCAGAGACAGUGGUUCUAGUUAUGUAGCUUGGGGACACUCCACUCUUGUUGGACCCUUUGGAGAAGUGCUCGUGACAACAGAACAUGAGGAGACUACACUAAUAGCAGAGAUUGAUUAUUCAGUAAUUGAGCAGAGAAGGUGAGUUCCUUCUGUACCUCCAGAUUACUUUCAGAUUGAAUAUGUAUUUACAUUGUAUAUG